AUCUUAUUUAGUAUUUUCGUAUAUAGACAUGGGUCAAAAUUUCCCAUACACAUAACACACAUAACUCAUCAAGCAAUAAGACAACACAAAAUAAAAGCUGCGGCAGAAGCGCAUUUUAAAGCCAAGCUAAUUUUGUGCAUAAUCUAAACAUGAAUUUCGCCGGCAAAGUUGUGCUAAUAACAGGCGCCAGUUCCGGGAUAGGCGCCGCCACAGCCGUUAAAUUCGCCAAAUGCGGCGCUUGCCUGGCGCUGAACGGACGCAAUGUGGAGAAUCUGAAGCAGGUGGCCGAGCAGUGCAAAGCAGCUGGUGCCGCACCAGCUGUGGUUGUGGGCGACAUCAGCAAGGAGGCGGAGACGGCGCGUGUGUGGAGCGAGACAAUGGAGCAAUACGGCAAACUGGAUGUGCUGGUGAACAAUGCGGGCAUCAUGGAGACGGGCGGCAUUGAGAACACCUGCCUGGAGCAGUACGAUCGCGUGCUGAACACCAAUCUGCGUGCCAUCUAUCAGCUGACCAUGCUGGCCACUCCGGAGCUGGUCAAGACCAAGGGCAACAUUGUCAAUGUGUCCAGCGUGAACGGCAUACGCUCCUUUCCCGGCCUGCUGGCCUACAACAUCUCGAAAGCGGGCGUCGAUCAGUUCACGCGCAGCGUCGCCCUCGACCUGGGCCCGAAGGGUGUGCGUGCCAAUUGUGUUAAUCCCGGCGUCAUAGUCACGAAUCUGCACAAGCGCGGCGGCAUGGACGAGGCUGAAUAUCAGAAGUUCCUGGAGCGCUCGAAGACCACGCACGCCCUGGGUCGAUCCGGCACCUCGGAGGAGGUGGCCAAUGCCAUUGCGUUUCUGGCCAGCGAUUUGGCCAGCUUCACCACGGGCCUCAGCCUCUCCGUGGACGGCGGCCGCCAUGCCAUGUGCCCGCGUUAACCACAACCCAAGCCUGACCAAAGAUAAUUAAAUGCAUUUAUUUUGUGCCCUUUGAAAUAAAGAUGUCUUUUAGAGGAAA